CCAUAUGUAUUUUCCGUGGUGAGUGCAAGAGAGAGAAGCGAAGAAUGAAAGAGAGAGCUUGAAAACAAACGCUCAUGAUGCGAAUAUAAUACAAAUAUCACCACAACGCACAACACAGUCACAGUCACAGUCACAGGUCGACCCAUCUGAGAGCUGAAGCUAGUUGUAGCAAGAAAAUGGAGGAGAAUGGAGAAAAAAGAUGGAACUUCUGGGGGAUGGGAAAGCUGAAUCCACAGUCGAAAACAUCAAUUCGAGGGCUUUUGAUGAAGAUAUGGGGAAGCGUUAACAAAGAUGAUCCAAGGCCACUUUUGCCUCUCGGACACGGCGACCCUUCUCCUUUCCCAUGUUUUCGGACCACUCCCAUAGCCGAAGAUGCCGUCGUCGACGCUCUCCGCUCCGCCAAGUUCAAUUCUUAUCCACCCACCUCUGGACUCCAGCCUGCCAGAAGUGCUAUAGCAGAUUAUUUGUCUCGUGAUCUUCCUUACACAUUAUCGCCAGACGAUGUUUUUCUCACUAUAGGAUGCAUCCAAGCAAUUGAAGUAACACUAAGAGCCCUUGCUCGCCCGGAUGCCAACAUUCUGCUUCCAAGACCAUGCUUCCCAUUCUAUGACUCUUUUGCUUCAUCUAUCAAUCUUGAAGUCCGUUAUUUUGAUCUUAAUCCAGAAAAGGGUUGGGAGGUUGAUAUUGAAAGCGUCGAAGCUCUUACUGAUGAGAAUACCGUUGCCAUGGUCAUCAUAAACCCUGGCAAUCCUUGUGGAAGUGUCUAUACACGCCAGCAUUUGAAAGAGAUUGCAGAGGCGGCGAGAAAGCUGGGCAUUCUAGUGGUUACGGAUGAGGUUUAUCACCAUCUCACUUUUGGACCUAAUCCAUUUGUGCCAAUGGGAGUAUUUGGAUCAGUAGUGCCUGUUAUCACACUAGGGUCUAUAUCAAAGAGAUGGCUUGUGCCAGGUUGGCGACUAGGUUGGCUUGUGAUAAGUGAUCCUAAUGGCAUCCUUCAAAAAUCCGGGAUUGUAGAAUGCAUUACAGACUGUCUCAAUAUGACAUCUGAUCCACCAACGUUCAUUCAGGGUGCAGUUCCCCAAAUCCUUGAAAAAACAGGGGAGGAUUUCUUUUCAAAAACUAUUAACAUCCUAAGGGAGGUUGCACACAUAUGUUAUGAAAGAAUUCAGGAGAUCCCUUGCAUUACUUGCCCAAAUAAACCUGAAGGAUCCAUGUUUGUGAUGGUUAAGCUAAACCUGUCAUUAUUGGAAGACAUAAAUGAUGAUUUGGACUUCUGUCUCAAGCUGGCUAAAGAGGAGUCUGUUGUUGUUUUACCAGGGGUGGCGGUGGGGAUGAAGAAUUGGUUGCGCAUAACUUUUGCAGUUGAGCCUUCAGCUCUUGAAGAUGGCUUUGGGAGAAUGAAAGCCUUCUGUGAAAGGCAUGCCAAGAAACAAUAAGAAUUCUCUUAAGUUACAAAAUGGAGCAGUAGUGAUCAACAACUACGCGUUGGAUCUCAAGCUCAAGCUGGUUACUCAUGGGUGGUUUUCAUGAAUGUUAUGAAUUGUAAUUGUUCAAGUAUUUGAAAAUAAAGUCCCCUCUUCAAUGUCUUGCUACUCAAGCAAGACACCAAGAAGAAGAGUGGUGAUGACUUGUGAUCUGCAACUUCCUGUUGCACGAUCACACGAUGUCAGUAUUGGUGAUAGGUGAUCUGCAACAUCCCGUAGCAUGAUCUCAUAUAUGUUGUUACUGUUUGCACCAAUAAUUUCAUUAAACCUUAAAUAAAGUAGUUCUCAGACGUUUGAAUGUGUCCAGUUCUGUUUGAUUAUUGAACCAGAAAAUAUUGUUCAAUUGGAGAACUUCUAAAACAAGAAUUUAUUACA